AUGGCAGAAGGCACAGCCAAAAGAGGACCCUCGCCAGCGGUUUCUCCACCACCACUGCGUCGAAAGAUCGAUGCAACAGUUACCAAGAAAUCAGCUUCCAACUUUUUUACUCCGGCCUCACAAAAGAAGCCCGACCCGAUCACAUGGCGCGUGAUCGGUACUAGCGUCGUGAUCGGAAAACAGAUUACCGGCAAGCAAGUGCCAACAGAUAAACAGCGUCGUCGCAUUGCUGGAUUCGAUUUGGAUUCAACAUUGAUCAAGACCAAAUCCGGAAAUGUGUUCCCCAAAUCUGCAACAGAUUGGCAAUGGUGGAACGCCAGAGUCCCAGGACGGCUCAGGGAGCUCAAUUCCGAAGGAUACCAAGUCGUGAUUUUCUCAAACCAAAAGAAGAUCAGCGUCCAGAAAGAUAUCAAAGGCGGGCGCAGCGAUUCCAAAAGCCUUACAAACUUCAAAGAAAAGAUGCAGGCUGUUAUGACAGAGCUGGAUUUCCCAUUCAGCGUAUAUGCUGCUACCACAGAUCCCGAAUACCGGAAACCCCGUCUGGGGAUGUGGCGCGAGUUCCUAGAUGAUUAUGAUCUCGACGUUGCGGGUGUCGAUCUUGCUGGGUCGUUCUUUGUCGGCGAUGCUGCUGGUAGACCCGGAGAUCAUUCAGCCGUUGAUCGGGGCAUCGCUAGUAAUAUCGGCAUGCCGUUCAAAACACCAGAGGAGUUCUUCCUUGGGGAGACUGUUGAGCCGCCAACGGGGUCUUUUGAUCCUUCUUCUUUCAUUAAAGAGGAUCUUGAAGAGCCGGCCAAACUGUUCUCUCGCAAGCAUCCCGUCGAACUUGUCAUCUUCUGCGGUAGCCCAGGCGCUGGGAAGUCCACAUUCUACUGGAAUCACCUGGAGCCUCUUGGAUACGAACGAGUUAACCAAGAUAUCCUUAAGACACGUCCUAAAUGUAUCAAAGUGGCCCGCGAAUUCCUAGAGGCCAAGAAGUCAGUAGCAAUCGACAACACAAAUGCAAACCAAGAAACAAGAGCCUACUGGAUCGACCUCGCCAAAGAAUUCAACGUGCCCAUACGCUGCGUUCAAUUCAUCUCCAAUCCAGAUCUAUGCAAACACAACAAUGCCGUCCGAGCAUUAAACAAAGAACUGAACCCCGAAUCCCGAACCUCCCUGCCGGGAAUCGCCUUCGGCGAUUUCGCCCGUCGCUUCAGCGCCCCAACGCUCGACGAGGGCUUCGAUGACAUCAUCCCCGUGGAAUUCCAAUUCCGAGGUAGCAAAGAGGAGAAGGAUCUUUGGGGACAGUACUGGAUUUGA